AAAACUUAUUUCCUUGCUUGAAUGAUGUAAAGUAUUACUAAUAGACAAGAAAAAUAUUUAGCAAGGAUUUAUAAAAGUUUUCGAGAUCUCAGUUCUUAGAAAGAAGCCAUCAAAAUGUCAAUCAAACAAAUGACGAGACAAGAUAAAAAUACUUGAAUUUCCAACGACGAAAGGCACAUGACUAUCAGAUGGAUCAUGUUACAAGAGUUUAUAAURGUCUGAGCUUCGGGAAAGAACCAAAGUGCAAUCUUGGCUUUGCUUGGAUGAUUUGACACACCAGUGGAUUGUUCUAGAAUCACAAGGUUUCUGUCAAGACAAAUCAGAAUAACUUUUUUUGUUCCGUCUCAGCGACCAUAAUGCAUAAAGUUCCUUACAUAUUCCGCUUAGCAAGCAUUUCAUCUUUAAUAAGCAAACAUGGAUUUGCUAUAUUCCGAACUCUCUUUUCGUAAAUAUUUUAACUUCUUUGACAAGUAUAAGAUCGCGGUUGCUACAGACAUUAUGCAACAGGAACCAUUUGAUGUCAGAAUCGCAGGACUUGAGAACACUCUGCAGAAAGACUCCAACAAGACCCAGGUCCAAUGUUGUCUGUACGAAUUGGCAGAUUUACUAGAUAAGGCAGAUUCRGAGCAACUAAAAGCUAUUGAUGAUGACAUUCAAGACGUGAUUUUAACAAAUAUGAAUCGUUACUURACAGAUGUAGAAAUUCAGAGAGAUGGYAUAUUUGGUCUUUACAGCCUUAUGAAAGAUAACCAACAGAUCCAAAACAAACUYAAGAAAUCAAGAUUUCAUUAUUGUAUCGUYCAACGCAUGUUCUCCCAUCCUAAUGAUGUAAUAAUACAAGCAAUUGGAUGCAGGAUUAUUAGUAUUCUUGUAGCUAAUAAUGACACYGUCAAGAAGGAGAUAAUUGCAGUAAAUGCUGUUGAUGUUAUCAUUAAUGCUAUUGAUACCUUUGAUAAUGAAGAUGAUUUACAACUGUGGGCCAUGCAAGCAUUGACACAUGYAUUGCAAUCAAAUACAGAAGAACAAGAUAAGUUUUUGCAACAAGAGUAUUACCUACUGGUUCUUGAAAGGAUCGAAAAACUUAAGGAGUACAGUAUAUUGAUUGAACAAGUGUUCAAACUCUUUACAGUGCUCACAGAAUCUUCAUGCUUCAUGCAGUACUUWCGUGAAAGUGAGCUGGCUGUUGUCUUUCAAUUUAUGGAGUACCAUGAAGAAUGCAGAGAUGUUCAGUUUGCUGGUAUUUCCUUCUUAAUUGAGUUAGCAAAAAAUAUGGAAUCACAUAAGYGUCUAGUAAUGAGCAACAUCGAUGUCAUAAUGUUCAGAGUCCAGGCAAAGUUUCCAAAUUGUGCAAUAAKCCAAAGAAAAUGCAUUGAACUGUUCAAUUUAUUGUGCGAAUCCCUACUCGACACUKCAGAAAAUAGGGAGUGCAGAGCGUUACAGUGUCUGAAUGGUAUCAUGAUUGCCAUGGCAACGCACUGGGAUGACAUGUUGCUGUUGAUCAUGGCAUGUGAAAGUGUGUCUGUUUUGUGCACCCAUCAUCCUGAUUUGCUGCUGUUAAUUGAUGACGAGCAUGAUGAGCAUGUUCCACUACAUAACACAAUCAUGGCUUCUUUAGCUUUGCAUAUUGAUGAUGAAAAAAUGUGUGAGUCUGCUCUCAUGGCUAUUGCUUUGUCUGCUACCCAAUCAUCAGCCAUUCAGAAGGAACUUUUUAUGAAGGGUGUUUAUAUUCACAUUGUCAAAGCUAUGGAGAAGCAUUCACAAAUACCUGGAGUACAGCAGUAUGGCUGUCAGGCCCUGAGAAUCCUUUCACUGUCGUCUUUGGAGAACAUGAUGGAGAUCAUYGGCAGUGAGGCUUGGGAAGUUGUUACAAGAUGUAUUCAAAGUUUCAAAGAUGAACCAGAGGUUCUCCAAGAAGCAAUUGCAAUCAUUGCAUGUUUUGCAGCAGACCUUGAAGCCAUACGCAAUCAAUGUGCAAUUGAGAAGCUGUAUCUUCCUGYACUUCAGGCAAUGCAAACAUACAAAGACAAUGCUACUUUAAUAGAAAUGGCUUUUGAAUUUAUUGGUGUUUUAUCUGCCUGUGAAGCAAUGCCUGAACUUUUUAUGAGUGAGGGUGCAGUUACGAUUUUCUUAAAUGCCAUGAAUCACCACGCAGACCAUCUAAAUAUUCAGCAAAAGGGAUGCAUUCUUGUGCAAGUUUUUUCAAGUUACUUGACAACUGAUACAUGUAUCAAAGCAGUGUCGGCUGUUAUCCUAGCCAUGCAGAAAUUCCAGUUUGUAGAGUGUAUACAAGAAGAGGCCUGUGUAGCGCUUAAACUUAUUGCUCAGGUAUCCCUGAACUUCAGCGAGAUUGAAGUCAAUCAGUGCGCUCACGAGAGGCUGUUUGUGAUCCUGGAUGAAUUCAGGACUAGACGUAGAUUGAUUCAGCUAGCUAGUGAAGUUCUUUGGUUCCUUGGGUGUUCUCGGAUGCUGAAUUCACGUAUGCUGCUAUCUGCUUGUGCAGAUGGUCUGGUUCGUGGUGCUCAUUGUUUGAUACAGUUAGAGGCUGAUGUAAACGUAGGAGAGAAUUAUAACACUCCAUUGUGUGCUGCCUGUAAGAACAAUAAAGAGGAAAUGGUUCGAUUCCUGCUGACACAAGGCAUAAAGGACGUCCAUACUGCUCUUGGCUUAUGCCUGGAAAUGGAACACCACAAUCUUGUUGGACUUCUUCUGCAGAAGAUGGGCCAUGACCGCGAAUCYGGUAUUAUCUCAUGGAGUGGUCUUAACCUGGGUAGYAUACGACCAGAGUGGCUGGCACCGUCGCUGUCAGGAAAGGCGUUUGGUCUGGCUAUAGAAACUGAACGUUAYUGUAAUUACAUCCAGUGUGCCGAAAAGGCCUUCAAACAACGCUUUAAAGUCUUGCAAAAGUUUACUGAUUUGGCAUCAGUUGGUGGCAACGUGAACCCAGAUGACAUUCAUAAGUUUAUWGCAGAGACGAUUUCUGAUGGAGAAGAAGACGAUGAAUUUUCCUUUCCAACAAGCGACGAUGGGAGUAUCACAGAUGAACAMAUUUUAACCGAUAAGGUUCCUCUUCGAGCGCGCAGCUUAACUGGUGCCUCUUUACCAUACAGCUCGUACGAUCCGAGGGUGGUACUUCCGCUCACCGUCGGUGACCCAAUCUUGCUCCCUAAAAGAUCCCAACCUAAUKCAAAUAAUAUUUCUGUCUUACCAAUGGAUCUUAAGCAACGAAGAACCAAGAGUUGGCUUGAUACUCCUGAUACAGARUGCGAUGACACGUUCUCUGAGAGCUUUAAUUCACAAGAUWCMARAACAUCAACCYCUGUUGGUAAGCAGAGAAGUAAAUCAGAUGUCGAUCARCCAAGUUAUGAGUUUCCUCGAAUGGCGUUCAUGUUUGACAACGCUCCUUAUCGAAGAAGACGCGUAUCUGAAGUGAGUGACGAGUCUGUUGAUGGAAGAAAGAAUUCUGUUGGUAGAAGAGGACGUAGRAAGACGACCAUCAUGCCUCGAGGRCAAACAGACGCAACUGUGUGCGUUAUUGACAUCUCCAARAAUAGUAUCAGUGAUUUGAGUCUUUUAGCUGAAGCUGGUGACAGCGUUUUGGGAUACCUYUUCAACGUAGUUAAACUCGAUUUAAGUUAUAAUCAACUGUCAGAUUUACCUUGUGAGCUGUGUGAAAACAUGCCAAACUUAAAACAAGUAUCGUUGAGUAAUAACAACUUUAAAGUCUUUCCUUUYYACCUGAUCGAGGCACCAAGAUUAAGAGUCCUCGAUAUCUCAUCAAACUGUCUUGAGCUACAGGAAAAUCCCCCUGACGAUGCCUCGCGGUCUAUUCUGCUAGAGCACUUGUCUUUGGCAAAUAAUCACCUGARGACUUUCCCAAAAUGGCUUGCUUCGUUCUUUCCAGGCUUAACAUCCCUGUCUGUAUCUGAGAAUGAACUUCAGGAAUUUCCUGAAACGGGCGAGAAGAUGCAGUUUCUAAAAACACUGGAUGUUUCCAAGAAUGCAAUUACCAGUAUUCCUGUUUCGUUCCUGGAUCAGUUUAAAUCUCUAGAGACUCUGAACGCGUCYUAUAAUGGGCUUUCAAAUCUUCCUGAAUCRCAGACUGACUGCGAUUCCAACCUGACAACGCUACGUCUUGCACAUAACAAACUCACGGAGGAAAAGCCUUUCUUCAUCCCAAAGUUUAUUCUAAGAUUACCGAAACUAAAAGUGCUGGAUAUAUCAUACAAUCAGCUGACAUGUUUACCACCGCUAGAAAUAUGGAAGACGAAUCAACUUAACCAGCUCGAUGUCUCUCACAACAACAUUCAACGAAUCAAUUUYGAUACAGUCAAYCCUACRAAGUGGAGCAGUCUAGAGCGAUUGAACCUGCGCGGUAACAACCUGAARGACGUCCCAAAAGGCAUUGGCUUGAUGACGUCAUUAACAUCACUSGAUCUCAGCGACAAUCCUGGAAUUACGUCACUACCGGAUGAAAUGGGAAGGUUGUCUAAUCUUUGGGAUUUGCCGCUGGCUGGACUGAAGUUGGACUUAGAGGAAUCGUUAGUGACCAAUACCAAGAAACUGGUAGCGUUUUUUAACUCGAAGUUAUUGAACUCUGUACCGUAUUAUCGUAUGAAACUCGUGACGGUAGGACUGGAGAAACGAGGAAAAACUACUCUUUUGAAUCAACUACUCAGGUCCAAGUCUAGCCAAUCAGCAAACGAGUUGGAUAUACGUGACUGGACAUUGCGUGACGGUAAGGCCACRUGCAAGCAGUGCCAUCACAAGUCCGUUAUUUAYACCAUUAACACGUGGGAUUUAAAGGGUCGUGAAGACAUGUACCAGGCCUUCCAGUGCUUCAUGACGUCACGCACCCUUUAUUUAGCUGUCUAUGACGUCACUAAUGGAGGACAAGAAUUGGACGCAUUGCGACCCUGGCUUCAGACCAUUCACGCCUGCGCACCAAAUGUACCCGUCAUGUUGGUUGGGACCCAUUGGGAUAAAGUCCCUUCUGAUAAAAUGAAUGAGGUAAAGAACGAAAUGAAGGACCGUGCAAGAAUGUUAUUUUCAAGCCCAGGUCUCCCCGACAUUAAAGCCCACGUGGUACUCAAUUGUACUCAGGAGACAGCUGGUAUCCAGGCCCUCAGGACGAGCAUUGUUGACUUGGUCGUCAAGUGUAAGUGUGUAGGCCAUUCUAUCCUUGGUUCUCGUGUGCCUCAAAAGUUUGUCCAUAUUCAAGAAUUGAUCGAAAAAGUCAAAAUGGAUGAUAAUAGAAAAGGGCGUUGGCUGACAAAAUUAGAACUCAAAAGACUACUACAGGACAACGAUGUUUUGAUGACMGAUUCAGAACUGGGACAAGCUGUCAAGUUUCUGCACGAGGCGGGWGURUUGYUGCACUAUGACGAUCCAGUUGCUCACCUGAACGACUUGUUCUUYACCGAUCCUGUUUGGCUGAAUAACCUGGUUUCAAGCGUUGUGGUUGCGAAUAAACACAGUAAACAUAAUGCGCUGGUAKCUAACGGGAUUGUCUCUAGGAAUGGUUUGAUUGAAUUAAUCGAUGAAGAUAUKAUUGCUAUUGUGGAAAGCUUUUUGCCGCAGUUCUUAAGACUUCUAGAACGUUUUGGCGUUGCAGUACCCAUUACAGAGUCCGAGUUACUCAUUCCAUCGCGAGUACAGACUCUUCCRCCGUCCAAUCUAACUCUUCCAGACUUGGCGUCAAAUAGCCUCUACAGAAGGUUUUAUGAUUUGGCGUUUGUACCGUUAGGAUUUUGGUCSCGUCUCAUCACUCGUCUACUGCUAUUUCUCCCGAUGAUGGAUGUGGACAAGAACGACAUUCGUUAUCCUUCGUCUUUAGAGUACUGGAAAACUGGUAUUCAAGUGAUCUGGUCCUCUGAGUCCUUCUUCACAGUCUUCCAAGAUACCUCGGGUCAGUUUGGGGUCAACCUCCUUGCAAUUGCAGUCCCUACAAACGAUCAAGGSUCGUUCUUACUUGGUAACCUGGUCGAUCAUGUGGACGCGCUGAUUGAGGAAUGGUACCCUACCCUAUGUGAUCUARAUCCAGUACAAGGCCAACCUUUAGUCACUCGACUAUGUCCAUGUAUCACGUGUGAGGGUGAGACUUGUCAUGUGUUYACCUUAGAAGAAUGCAUUGAACAGGCUUUACGUUAUGAAGAGAUAGUCUGUCCCAGGACAUCGCAAUUUCUACCUGUUGUGAAAGUUGCUCCAGAUGUUGAACUUGCUGAUUUAAAACUGCAGAAUUUGUUGAUUAAAGAAGAGGAGUUGGCGCUGCAGCAGAAAAAAGAAUGCGUGMUUGGUGAUGGUAGUUUUGGUACUGUGUACAAAGCCAAGUGUAACGAUCGUGUGGUUGCCGUUAAGGUUUUCCGCACUGAAGGUCACAUUGAUCCACAUAGACUAUUACGUCAGGAGGUUCCAUUUCUAGCUCAUCUACGUCAUCCUAGCAUCAUUACGUUGCAUGGUGUAUGUGUUCGACCUCGUGCGUUGAUCCUUGAAAUAGCUCCUUUGGGAUCGUUGAGUUCUUUGUUGAAUAAAGGCGAGGUUCUAAGCCGUGGAUUGCAACACCGUAUUGCUCUUCAGGUUGCAGAAGGCUUGUCUUAUCUUCAUCGUAAUAAAAUCGUUUAUCGUGACAUGAAGCCACACAAUAUCCUGAUGUUUUCGUUAGCUUUAUCAAUCGUYAUCAACGCAAAGAUCUCUGAUUUCGGCAUUGCACGUUACACUGCCUUAUAUGGCUUAAAGUCAUCGGAGGGGACCCCAGGCUACCGCGCACCCGAGGUUGUCCGCGGUGACAGCGCUUAUAACAAGGAGGCUGAUAUCUACUCGUUUGGAAUGCUCCUGUACGAACUUGUGACAGGGGGAAAAAGACCAUUUGAAGACGUCCGCUUUAGAAACGAGCUUGAUGCUGCUGUUAUGCAGGGUAAAAUGAUCGAUCCUAUCACAGAUAGUGGUAGUUCACCAUGGCCAGAUAUCGAAGACUUAAUCGAACACCUUCUACAACCACGUGCAGACAUGAGACCAACUGCUGACCAGGUCGUCGAGCGACUAUCAAGCCCAGAGCUACUUUGUCUAAAGCGAACAAUUGCUGUAUCAAAGGGAAAGGCUGUGGAAUCUAUUGCAGUUAGAAGUAAUGAUGGMAAUGUGGAGUUGUGGAUGGGYAGUGGRGUGACUGGCCACUACGGUUGUCAAGUAUCGUGGUUGAGCUUGACUCAGUCGACAAACGAGGGUUGCCAAGGUACGUUCAUGAAGGACAAACGAGUGACGUCAUUAGCCGCUGUCCACAAUGACUUCAUUUUAGUUGGUACCCAGUCUGGUACGAUAUGGGUGUUUGAUGCUGUGUCCCGUACAUGUAAACACUCGUUAAAAGUUCUACCAGACUCAGUGGUGUCACUGCGACACUACUAUAACUCAAAAACCUACGAUGAUCUAGUCAUUGCAGGUCUUGCUAACGGUUCAUUGGUUAUCUAUAAAACAAAACACAUCAAAAAUGCUAAUGCAGAAGGCGAAAUUAUGCAUUUAUGCAAAACAAUAAACGAUGGAGGAUCRUGCCGYGAGAAUUGCAAUGUGCAUGCAGUAGCAUGCUUAACUGUUGCAAAACGGUGCUUGUAUUGCGGUUGUGGAAACGAUAUAUUGAUAUUGACAUUGGGGCAAGGUUCUGUUGAAUUCAAGCGCCGCUGGUCAGUGGAGGACAGGCGCAGCCAGUGCGUCCUCAACAUCUCCGUGAGUUCCUUUAUCUGGACAUCAACAAAGGACUCGCCUUACAUUGACUUCUGGGAUAUAUCAGAACCAGUCUUACGYGGUACAAUCAAUUGCGCGACGAUAAUAAGCACAAGUGCCAACAUUCCAAGAAAAUCACGUGACAUGCGUAUUYUGUGCAUGUUAAUUGAGCAGAACACUAUAUGGGUUGGUCUGGGUACUGGACACGUCAUCGCGCUGUCGACCAAGUCACGUGAACCCCUGUAUGUGCUCAAGAGACAUACAGGUCCCGUUCGCUGUUUGGCUAUUGCUCGUCGUAGUUCUAGACAUGGGAAGCCUGUGUCAUUGCUUAUGAYUGGGGGAAARGGAUUCAUUGAUAGACCGGGWUUUAAAAGCAACGACCAAGACUUUGGUUACGUGUUAGUUUGGGAAGCCGACCUGGCUGAACAGAAGAAACGUUURCUUGACGACAAGACCAAGAGACAACAAAUGCAAUGUACUGAAUUGAUAGAAAAUGCCUCAUCACUAGAUUAUACCAGUCGCUCUAUUGUAAAAAACGUCUAAAAUAUAUACCAACACUAUUCCUUACGAUAAGGGUUAUUCUUGAUMACUGAAAGCCCUGGCCGCGAAAUCUUUUUAAACCGUAAUAUAAUAAUGAUUUGAGUUGUAUCAUGUUCUUAUAGAUUGUAUAAMAUUUAUAGAUUAAACAAUUAGUUUAUUAUA